UUCUCACACACAUACUGGUUGCUAUCGAAAUGCUAGCAAGCAGUAGCUUCCAUGGCCGACCUUCUUCUCUUCUUGGACAUCCAACAAGAAGUAGACACAACAAACUACCUAUAUCCUACUCCUCCUUUACAAAACCCCACACGGCUCCUUCUGUCUCUACUUUUCUUUUAUCGAGAAGAAUUACCUCAAAUCGUUUCAAGAUACGAGCUCUAAAGCGUGAGUCUGAUGGUGCCUUAGCCUCAGAAGAAGAAGCAAGACCGUUUUUUCCGAACCGCCAUUCCGUCAAAAUUCCUGUCGGAGAUAGAUAUAUAACUGUGGAGACUGGUCAAAUAGGAAGACAAGCUAGUGGAUCGGUUAUUGUAAGAGAUGGAGAAACUAUUAUCUACACAUCUGUUUGUUUAUCUGAUGUUCCAAGCGAGCCUUCUGACUUUUUCCCUAUGUCUGUAAAUUAUCAAGAGCGUUUUUCUGCAGCUGGUAGAACUAGUGGAGGAUUUUUUAAAAGGGAGGGAAGGACAAAGGAUCAUGAGGUACUUAUAUGUAGACUAAUUGAUAGGCCAUUGCGACCAACCAUGCUCAAGGGCUUCUAUCAUGAAACUCAAAUACUAUCUUGGGUUUUGAGCUAUGAUGGUUUGCACCCCCCAGAUUCUCUGGCUGUUACAGCGGCUGGAAUUGCUGUAGCUCUCUCAGAAGUGCCGAAUACAAACACUAUAGCAGGAGUUAGAAUUGGUUUAAUUGGUGACAAGUUUGUUGUGAAUCCAACAACCAUGGAGAUGGAAGAUUCAAAAUUGGAUUUAUUGCUAGCAGGCUCAGAAAGUGGGAUAUUGAUGAUUGAGGGUUACUGUGACUUUCUUCCUGAAGAGAAGUUACUUCAAGCGAUAGAAGUUGGCCAGGAUGCUGUACGAGCCAUAUGCAAAGAGGUGGACAAUUUGGUAAAGAAGUGUGGGAAGCCCAAAAUGCUUGAUUCAAUUAAAUUACCUCCACCUGAGCUGUAUAAGCAUGUUGAAGAAAUUGCUGGUGAUGAGUUGGUCAAAGUGCUACAACUCAAAAACAAAGUGCCAAGAAGAAAAGCUCUCUCUUUGCUAGAGGAAAAGGUUCUGACAAUACUUACUGAGGAGGGUUAUGUCAGCAAAAGUGAAGUUUUUGUUGGUGCUGAGAUAACUCCGGACAUGUUUGAGGAUGAGGAUGAGGAGGAGGAAUUUGUUGUCGAUGGUGAAGUUGACGAAGGCGAUAUCCACAUAAAGCCAGUAUCUAAAAAGCCUGUUCCACUGUUUUACUCUGAGGUAGAUGUGAAGUUGGUCUUCAAAAGCGUUACAUCAAAAUAUCUGCGAAAACGGAUAGUGGAGGGAGGGAAAAGAAGCGAUGGGAGAACAUCAGAGGAUAUUCGCAUUAUUGACUCGGAAUGUGGAUUACUUCCUAGAGCACAUGGAAGUGCUCUCUUCACACGUGGGGAAACACAGUCAUUGGCAGUAGUUACCCUCGGGGAUAAACAGAUGGCACAAAGAAUAGACAACCUUGCGGGUGUAGAAGAUGUGAAAAGGUUCUAUCUUCAGUAUACCUUCCCACCCUCUUGUGUUGGGGAAGUCGGGCGAAGUGGAGCACCUAGCAGAAGAGAAAUUGGUCAUGGUAUGCUUGCGGAAAGAGCCCUUGAACCUAUAUUGCCUUCUGAAGACGAUUUUCCAUAUACCAUACGUGUUGAGAGUACCAUAACAGAGAGUAAUGGAUCAUCAAGUAUGGCAUCAGUUUGCGGGGGAUGCCUAGCAUUACAAGACGCUGGAGUACCACUAAAGUGUUCUAUUGCGGGUAUAGCAAUGGGAUUGGUUCUGGACACAAAGGAAUUUGGGGGAGAUGGAACCCCGCUGAUUUUAUCUGACAUCACUGGCUCUGAGGAUGCUUCUGGAGAUAUGGACUUUAAGGUUGCUGGCAGUGAUGAAGGAGUAACCGCAUUCCAAAUGGAUAUCAAGGUAGGAGGAAUUACUUUGUCAACGAUGAAGCAGGCUUUAAUGCAAGCAAAGGAAGGGCGAAAGCGUAUUCUUGCUGAGAUGUUGAAAUGCUCACCUCCUCCAUCGAAGAAGCUUUCUAAGCAUGCUCCACUUAUUCUUGUUAUGAAGGUUAAACCUGAGAAAGUUAACCUUAUUAUUGGUUCUGGGGGUAAGAAGAUCAAGAGUAUUAUUGAAGAGACUGGCGUGGACUGUAUUGAUGCCCAAGAUAAUGGAACAGUCAAAAUAACUGCAAGAGAUGUGGCAAGCUUAGAAAAGUCUAGAGCUAUUAUUAGUAACUUGACGAUGGUUCCAGUUGUUGGUGAUGUAUAUAGGAAUUGUAGAAUCAUGUCUAUUGUUCCCUAUGGAGUUUUUGUUGAGAUAGUACCAGGCCGAGAGGGACUUUGCCAUAUUAGCGAGUUGAGUCCAGAUUGGCUGUCGAAACCAGAAGAUGCUUUCAAGGUCGGAGACCAAGUUGAUGUCAAGCUCAUUGAGGUCAAUGAAAAAGGGCAACUUCGUCUAAGCCGAAAAGCACUGCUUCCAGAUCAAAGUACAGAUAAACCUGAUGAAAAUCAGAGUACAGCUGGAGUUAUAAAGGACAGCGGAACCCCACAAAAAUAUACAGACAGAGGUAAAGUUAGACAAAGUUCAAGCAUUCCAAAGGGUGAUGUAGCAGAAGCGACUUUGGGACAACGCAAGGAUAAAAUCCCUGAAACUACGUUUACCAAGAGAUAUGUUGGCUCCCGCAAAAAUGAGCCAAAAACAAGCAGCAGCAAAUCUGAUACAGUUGCAUCCAAUGACAGCGGAAGCUCAUUAGUUAAUGGAGAGGCUCAAGUUGGAUAAAAGGAACACACGAUAGUUUUGGGUCAAAGAGUAAUUUGAUCUGUUUUUGACAUGAAAGCUAUGGUGGAUGAUGACCUGCUCUAAAAUGAUGAGGAGUUGCAAUUUGGAUCUCAGCAUCAGUUGGAAUCAGCCACACAAGAUUUGUAUAAUUGUAAACUGUUAUGGUGGAACUGCAAAUACUAACUCAGAACCUUGAUGUCCAUGAGCACAAGCAGUAACAAGAACAUCCACAGGUCUCAUUCUACAAGGUAAUGAAUCCAUUUGUUAUUGUUCUGGGAGGACCCUUGAAAACUGUAGUUAUACACCAGCUGAUGCUGCAUUGCCAGAUGAGGAUAAAUUACGGUUAGUUAAAUGCUACUGCAGUUUUCCGUGACUCUAACGUAAGUUUAGUCCCACCAGUUAAUUGGUCUUGGUUAUGUGUUAUAGAACCAAGUUUUUGGUUUCAUUUUUCAGAAACAGUAAUGAUUUGAGGGUGUUUCAUAUUGCAUUCAAUCAAAUUGAUACAUGAGUGUGCAGCAUUUCAUUGC